AUGUUCCAGCUGCCGUUCGUUGAUCAACUGCGUUCGGCGGUCUCCUACAGCGCCAUCGACGACUUCUCCGACGUGCUCAGCUGUUUCGCCACCGCCUUUCUGCUCAUCUUCUUCGCCGUGUUCAUCUCGGCGAAGACGUACGUCGGCUCGCCGAUCCAGUGCUGGUUUCCGAGGACGUACGCGAAAGACUGGCAAGAGUACGCCGAGACGUACUGCUUCAUCAAGAACACCCACCAUGUUGGCGACGCCGCCCAAAUCGACACCAUCGACAGCGUCAAGGGUGCCGACAACAACGUGACCUACUAUCAAUGGGCCGCCAUCUAUCUCACCGUCAUGGCUUUGGGAUUUGUGGCGCCGAAAUUGGUGUGGAAAAAGGCGCAGUCGAUGUAUGAAAUUCCGCUGUUGUACUUCUGCGAGACGGCCGCCGAGAUCAAGAUGAAGUCGAGCAUCGAGAUUGCCGAAAAGGUCCGCGAGAUGGGCAACUAUAUGAAGAGCAAGCUGACGAAUUGCGACAGGGAGAUGAAGACCAAGUCCCAUCUGGCAACCAUCUACGUCGUCAUCAAGUUGCUCUACCUUCUCAACAUCAUCGUCCAGUUUGUCGUGCUCAGCUUCUUCCUCGGACACAACGCGAAUCUGUUUUGGGGCAUCGACAUCAUGACGAAUCUCGUGGGCAACGUCACCUGGUCGGACACGGGCAUCUUCCCGCGAGUCACCUUCUGCCACUUCACCAUCCGCACUCCGAUCAUUCAGCAUCACGUCGUCCAGUGUGUGCUCGCCGUCAACGAGUUCAACGAGAAGAUCUUCGCGUUCCUCUGGGUGUGGCUCAUUCUCGUCGGAAUCGCUACUCUCAUCGGAAUCAUCAUUGCUCACGAUCACAUCAACAGUCAUCGAUACCUCAAAGGUCUUCUGCAUUCGAUCGAGACUCCAGAUGAGAAGACGUUGGCCAGAUUCGCCAAAUAUCUCGGCAAAGACGGCCUUCUGAUUCUCUCGUUCGUCAAAUCGCAGAGUGACAUCGUCGCUUCCGAACUCGCCGUCUUCAUGUUCGACGCCUUCAAGAAGACUGGAAUGAAGGCCAAUGGCAUUCUUAUUCAUAAGACCAUUGCAACCGUCUAA